GGGAUUAUUGCAGUCAAGAAUCUGACAUGACGUGUGUAACCGCAAAGCGAUGGAUUGUGAAGUUUAGUCUGUCCUAAGAUAAGAUUAUUUCCGCAUUAUUAAUUCAUUGUAUAAUUUUGAAUUGUUCGUUAAAUAACGUUUCAUUAAGUACACGAUUAAAAAAUGUCAGGUUUCGACGAGAAUCCAUUUGGAGAACCUACUAUUCACGAUCCUUUUUCGGAUCCUGCAAUAAAAAGGGCAGUUGCUUCAACACCUGCUAAUAAGGGCCUCGAAGACUAUAAUCCUUUUUCUGAGCAAACAGUAACACAAGGAACUGCUCAAGUCAGAGGUGCAUCAAAUCCUCCUAUUUAUGGAGGAAUAGGAGCAACACAGCAACCAGCAACGCUUCAACCUUCAAAUCAAGAAGCUCCACCACCUCCAUAUGCGCGUACUCCACAGCAAACAGUGAAUGCAGCACUUGGAAGCACAUUAUCACCUUCUACAGAUCAAAGAACUGAUGAAGAAUGGAAAACAAGGAGAGAAGAAGAGAUGAGGAAUACUUCAUAUUUUCCAAGGCGAAAUAAUUGGCCACCUUUACCUGAGAGAUACUGUUUUCAACCAUGCUUUUAUCAGGAUAUUGAUGUGGAAAUUCAUGCUGACUUUCAAAAGAUAGUGAGACAGUUGUAUUAUUUGUGGAUGUUUCAUGGCUUAGUAUUGUUUUUGAAUGUGAUUGGUGGAUUUGUCUUGAUGUUUCAUAGUAAAAUCUUUUCCAUAUUUGGUCUUGGUAUCCUGUAUCUUAUUUUGUUUACACCAUUUUCAUUUCUUUGCUGGUUCAGACCAGCAUAUAGAGCUUUUAAGAAUGAUAGCUCCUUCAACUUUAUGGUGUUUUUCUUUGUUUUCUUUUUUCAAUUAGUUGUUACAAGUAUACAAGCUAUUGGUAUACCUGGAUCAGGCACAUGUGGAAUAAUAACAGCUAUUUCUGCAUUUAACUCAACUGCAGCAGGAAUUUUUGUUGGAAUUCUGUUACUUUUCAUUGCUAUUGGUUUUAUCCUUGCAGCAGGUGGUGAUCUCCUUUUAUUGACUAAGAUUCAUCGAAUUUAUCGAACAUCAGAUGCAAGUGUAUCAAAGGCACAACAAGAAUUUGCUACAACUUUCUUGCGUAAUGAACAUGUCCAAAAUGCUGCGAGUAAUGUAGCAGCUACCGCUGUUCGGACACAGAUGGCUAAUGCUGCUCAGCCACGUUAUUAGGAAUAUCUUAAAUUAAAAAUAUCAUUUGGAUCGAAAUAUAUCCUGCCUUCAUAUCAGAAAAUUCAUAAAUCUCCUAUGUUUGUUUGCAUGAUAUUUUGUUAUUAUUUUAUUGAAUUCAUUAAUCUCCAUUGUAUUACAAAAGCAUAUUCUUAUAAAGAAGUGAUAUAAUAUGUGAAAUUAUGUUCAUUUCACAUUUAUUGUAUGUAUUUUAUUAAUAAGGUGAUCUAUACAAUUUAUGCAGAAAAAAUUAAUAAUUAUAAAAGACAAACAAUGAACAUUUCCUAAUCAAAAUACGCUUUUUUUUAAUAUCAACAUAUUUAUUCGACUACUUUUAACCGUAAAUUAGAUUACUAAUUAUUACAUGUAUUAGAUUUUAUACAUGGGAAAAUUCAUUUAUAUGCACUGAUGUAGGUUUUACAAGUUGAUUUUUAGAAAAUUUAAAAAUCAAAAUGUUUUAAUGACUAAACGUGUCUACAUGAUAGAUUUUUUAGAUUAUAGUUUUUAGAUUCUUUUUUUUGUUUUUAUGAAUAUUAUAUGUUGUUUUUUAUUUCUUUAUCUAUUAAAUUUCAUACAUCUGAUUUGCAUCCUACAAUAUGAGAUAAUGAAAUGUAGACUUGUUUUUCAUUGAAGCUACACAUUUUCAUAUAACAUAGAAUUUAGUGCUUGUAAUUAA